AUGGCUCCCGUCCCGGAGGCCUAUUUCCCGUCCCUGGACAAGUGCUUCUCUGGGGACGUCCAGCUUCUCUCUUGGAAACGAGCGUUUCUCUAUGCGUGCAGGCCCGAGAUCUACAGCGAUGACGCGGGAAGUGUCCUGGCGUUUCUAUCGCAUCCGGAGAGCGUGCAGGUCCUAUCCCGAAGCCUGAAUCCUUUUCCUCCUCCAUCGGCGAAAACAAAAGCAGAGUUUGAGUCCAAAACCGCCGCGACCAAUGCGGAAACAACGACACAGGUCUCGUAUGACCUCAAAGAGAUCAAAUCAGACGCUCUGUGGCUAAGCCAGAAAGCCGGUAUCGACGAAAUCACAGCACUACGCAUCGCUGUCCUGGAAUGGCAGAACCGUCCUGCGGCGCGCCUUCUGGCUAACUUUUCAAAGGAAGAAGCCACAAGUUUAGAAAGCGCCGUUGGUCCUGGUUCUUUUCGGGCCUCGGUCGCAGGCCCCAACCCUCUGGAAAUCCUGCAGCAGAAGACAGUCGAUGAAGAUGGGGCUGAUGGGUUUUCAUCGGAAAAGAAUAGAAGAGCCAGGUUGUCUGAUAUGUAUAUGUUGGAAAAGAGCCAUAUUCUGAAGACAUCUCGCAAGCUGCUAAGUUUAUCACUGGGUGAGAAGAUUCCGGGACAGUUGGCUGCCACACAAAAACAUGAAAAGGAGGCUACUUUACGUGACCUGGGAGCCAGUAUAUAUAAGGGCAGGUCUCGUGGCGACGAAUGGGCCAAGUAUCUGCAAGAAUGCAUUGAAGCUACGCGGAGUCGCCUGACGGAAUUGCAGAAGACCGGUGGUUGGCUGUCAGCAGAAGAAAACACAGAGGAGAUCGAGGUUUUGUGGAAGAUAACUGCCGUGGAAGAUAUUCUGCAUAUCUUGCAAAUAUUAUUUUUGCAGGUUCAGGUUUCUUCCGAUGCUCCAGAUGCUACGGUUGUGCUCUCUUGGCUCAAUCUGAUGCAGGAUUGCGAUUUCUUGGACAUGCUCCAGGUGCAAUGUGACGAGCCUGAUGAGAUCUUGACGCCUAUCCAAGCCCUGGUGUCUCUAACAACCCUCGCGCUCCUGAAACCGUCCGUCUCUAUUCCUGCGAUCAUCAAUAGAGAACAGCCGCCGUCAAAGAGUACACAUGUACCCUAUUUUCUGUCCAAGGAUAUUGGACAAAUUACGGAGAUCUUGCUGGGUUCUAGUUUCACAUUUUAUGGUGUAAGCCCUGCGGGAUUCGCGUUUGGGUUGGUCCUGAAUACUUUGCAAGAGAUUGCUCUUUUCGACAAAGAGACGCGAGAGAUAGAGCAAUUCCAUAGCGCUGUGGACUCGUUCAAUUCAAACACGCCUACCGCAGGACCAAGCCGUGGAUCAGACCUCUCGCUAUAUGAGGAGUUGAUUGAUUGUGCCCGAACACCGAAGGCCAAUGCUGAGCAGGCUAUUGCCAUCUUCACCUCUGCGGAAAUGCAGACGCGUACCUUUGAUGUCCUUGUCACACUGGCUACCAAGGUUGGCUCUUCGUCAGGUAUCGAUGACCAAGCUACAGACUGUUGGAUUCGAGUCGCGCUCCUAGAUCUCGUGCGCGCUGCGAUGCAAUUUCUCGAGUAUUCCCCAGAGAUUCUUCAAUCAGUCUUGCAUAUUCUGAAAGGCGCCAAACCGGAAUCCAGAUGGUUGGAAGAUGAUGGUACCUUUUUCGUUUGUGACCCUCGACAUGUCUUUUUCCAAAGCGAUGUGUUGAUGGAGAGGAUUUUCCACAUCGCACGAUCGCGUUUCCCUUACGAAACGGGUCCGUUUCUGAGCCUAUGUCGCGCUCUCAUCAACAACAGUAUGCGAGAUGAGGAAGGAUUACCUUCCAUUCUCACACAUCUGGAGACUAUGGAGAGGUUCACACAGGUUGUAUCGCCGGAUUUUCAGGGCUACGAAACCAUUCGGGAAGAUGAGAACGCCAAUCUUGUUUCUCUUCUUCAGCCGUUGCCAAUGUUCGAAACCUCCUCCAGGAGACAGGUAUCCGAUUCAACUAGUAAUAACGCCUUGGUUGUGACCACAUCCUCUAUAGUGCCUUCUUCAACUAUUGGUCAAGUUGUUUCAGACUCUAAGCCUGCAGUUAUAACAUGGCACCACCAGUAUUCAUGUCUGAGCUUCUUGGGUAGCUGGUUGGAGGAGUGGAAUGAGAGCGGCGGUUACUCCCUUGAAUGUGAUGAGGAUGCGGUUCCAGAAAUAAUUGGGCUCUUCACAGACCUCAUUGCUGCUUCAAGGGACGAGUCGAUUCAGAGUGAAUCGGGCUCUGCAGCGAAAAGGAUAUUGGAAAUGGCCAGCGACGGCCUAGCACGCCAAAGCGAUAUUGUCUCGGUUGUGUUUGAGAUCUUUGAACGAAGUCUGCACACGAUCGGCUCCCGAGGGGGGGUCGGAGUCUCUCUAGACUGCACAAUCGCUUGCACACAGUUCAUCCGUAUGCUACUCAAGAUUCUACCUAGCAGAGUAUGGCCAUUGCUUUCAAGAAGCAGUUUACUUGGGUCAGAUGGCAAAGGCGGCAUGAUGACAGUCAUCACCUCAACGAUUGAAACAAUGUCCGGUGAAUAUCCGUUCUUACUCGCCUGUAUCGACCUGUAUGCCGCAAUCCUUGAGGAUGCGGCCUCUCGUGCAGUCAUGAGACGCAGUCCUAGCAGCCCGUCGAUCAAAUCAACGGUGGCAUCCGACUGGAGUGCCGGCAUACCUUCCCACAUGAUGAAAAACGCUAUCCUGAAAUACACCCGGAUCAUGGUUGAUGUCUACAGCAGCAACGCAGGCUGGAGAUUCAAAGACCUUGGUCAACGGUUCAAAAUCAAUGCGACCCUCGCAGAUACAUUUGAACGUGUGCUUUAUUAUGCAUUUGCAACGGAUAACGAUACCAAUUUGGAUGCAAAAGUGACGGCGAUGUUCAGUGCGUCGGCGAUCUAUCUCCUAGACGUUCUGCGUUUACAGUCCACCGAGGACAUCCCUUUCAACCCUAUUUUCCGAUUGAUAGUUGCCGGCCUCGAGACACCAUCCACUACUUAUCUCCGGUAUUCUUUCUUGAUGGAGAAACAGACUAGGUCCACUCUUACACUUUCGAUCAAGCUUCUUCAAGCAGCACAAGCAGCGAAGAGCCCAGUUUCGCUCCUAGAAGAUCAGCUAUUCAAAGCAACACCGGUUCUGGUCAAGCUAUAUGCUUUACAAGAUACAUACAGACAUUCCGUGGUUUCCCUUUUGGACAUUCUCAUUACGAGUGCGGCUUCGAAUUCUGCCAACGAGCCCCCGUCCCUAGUCGGCCAUCUGGGCGCACAGUCAGCUUGCCUCUUCCUUGACAUCCUCGCACAGUUCGAGAAGCCACUUGAUGGAAAACCGCUCCUCCUUGCAAUCUGGCAUCUAUUAACAACGAUCGUCAGCAAACGCCAACAGUGGCUAGCUGUUUACAUUCUUACAGGCUCAUCCCCCCGACAGUCCUUGAAAAAAGAUGUCACGAAGAAGGACCCAACCAUGAGAGGCGCCCCUUUCCUGAAGAUUGCACUCAACACAUUAUCGAAUAUCGAACAAAUCAACCCUCAGGUUGCUCUCUCAUUGCUUGAAUUUGUCUCCCAUUCCCAGGAGAAUUGGCCAUGGGCGACUCCGGAGUUGAGCAAGCAUCCCAAUUUCUUCAACAAUCUCAUCAGCUAUGUCUCCAAGCUGCAGAUUUCCAGUCUUCCCGUGACGAGCCAAAUAUUUGUCACCCGCAUCGCUGCUGUGACGGCAGACCUAUGUGCUGUAUAUUUGCAUUUUGCAAAAGAAGCGCGUGAUCAAUCUUUCCUCAAGACUUUGAUUCCGCUCGUUUCUUGGUUUUCCAAAGAUGCUGUCGACGUUUCGGCUUACAAUACCUCGCUCCAUGCCAAUUUGAAGAAGAAUUUUGAGAUGAGAUACCCAGGGUGCAAGCUUCAGGACUUCAAGCGGUCUUCACUUGAAGCCCGACCCCUGGGGCGAGAUUAUUACUAUGACAUGAAGCUCAGCGAAGAGCUUCUUUCAUACGAUUUUGCAUGGGCCGGGACCCGGAACCAAGGCUUUGCCAAUGAGCUCGAAAGGGCAAAUAUCAAUUUGUCGCUGGUGGAGGCUCAAGUUGGUCUUUUACACAGCUGGAGGUUCUUAGCCGUGGAACACUGCUCGGAUUUCAUGGUUGACCGAGAAGUACAAAAGUCGAUGGCCCUUGUCGCCCGGAGCUGUUUGAUCGCAAACACCAGAGGGGUGCCUCAGGAAGCUAUCUUCGAGAGAGUCCAGCAGACCCGUGUUGAUUUUGCUCAGGCCCUUGUGCAACGGCUUGUUGAGACUGGAGCCAAAGGAGCCGAGGUCUUCGGCCUUCUAGGCGCCGUCUGGGAAGCGAUGCGCGCUCGAAGAGCCACGUAUGAAGAUGCCCUGGUGAACGAUGACGUCGAACACUAUCGAUCGUUGUUAAAUGUCCUCUUCCUUGCUUUGCAAUUUCACCUGGAUGGACCAUCCCGGUCCGCUCCCGAAACACUCAAUAAGAAAGCUGAGCUAUCGUCGGAUCUGUCGCUGGUGGUCGACAUUGUCAAGACCAUUGUCGCCAAGGGAUUUAGAUCUUUGACGGCCUACUUGCACGAACAACCGGAAAAAUGCACACCCAAGGACUUUGCUAUUCUGACUGCUGUCUUGCAGAGCUGCCUGCGGGUGAAAAACGUAGAUCGACUGUAUGAGCACAUCGUUUAUCAAAUCGAAGAUGCCGAGACUGCCCGGUACGCCACGACUCUCUUUUCUUGGUCGGAUCAGUUCAUCGUGGCGGGCGAGCCCGUCUACGGCGAGAUCAGCAUUUCAUUCCUGGUCAAGCUCUCUACCAUCCCAAUGCUUGCAGAGCACCUUGCUGUGGAGGCGGUCUUGGUGAACCUAUCGACAUGUCGCCUAACCAACGCGUUGCGGCAGCCAAAGGGCUUCGGCCCCUUCGACCCGGUGCCCAGCAUGUACCGCAUCUGGACCGGGGGCUUUCUUCCGCUGUGUCUCAACCUGCUUUACCACGUCAUCCGGACGGCACCGGAGGUAGCUGCCUUCCUAAACCAAUUCGACGGCCAGCUGAGCCGUGCGGCCGACGCGUUCGCCGGCAGCCGUACCAUUGCGCUUGCCACACCGGGCAAAUCGGCUCGCCAUAUCUGUCUGAGCAUGGCAUCGGAAGCGUACUCGCUAGCGCUGAUCACCGUGAUCCUCGACCGGUUCCGCGAGGCGGGUCCCAGCAUAGGUGUCGACAGCCAGUCCAUCCAGGAACUAAAAUGGAACAAGGCGCAGGUGAAGGAGGACAUCGAAGACCUGUUGGAGCGCCGUGGGAUGCUGCGCUCUCGCAUUGUGGCUACGAGUGAUAAGGAGACGGAGAUGCUGCGCCAGAAGCCCCAGUUCGCGGAGUCUGGUGCUGAGAACCGGCUGGAGGAGAAAAUCGUCGCCGAGCUCAAGGCGGCGGUGGCUUGUCUUGCAGGCGGCGAGGAGUAA